UUGGUUAUAUGGAGGCUGUAAAAUCAUGGCAGCUGAGAACUAAAAAAGACAUUCAUACAUGCAGCAGGGAGUUCAACCUGAAGUUAGUUGACGCCAAGUGGUUGAGCAAAAAGUUGGUGAAAACAGUUCAGGAAAAUCCUAAGAUGAAGGGUGUUGAUAUUCGUGAAAAAGUUCAAAGGAAGUGGAACAUAGGUAUAUCAAGGUCUAUGGCUUAUAGAGCCAAAGCUAUUGCUUCUAAUGAAAUUGAUGGGUCCUUUAAUGAACAAUAUAAGAGGAUAUAUGAUUAUGCGCAUGAGUUGUUGGAAAGAAAUCCAGGAUCUACAGUUAAGGUCCAUGUUGAGAAUAAUGAGGGUGAGUUAAUUUUCAAGAGAUUUUACUGUUGUCUGAAGGCAUGCAAAGACAGUUUUGUCUGCUGUAGGCCAAUAAUUGGAUUAGAUGGAGCCUUUUUGAAAGGGAAGUAUGGUGGUGAGCUGUUGACGGCUGUUGGGAGGGAUGGAAAUGAUCAAAUGUUGCCCAUUGCAUAUGCGGUGGUAGAAGUCGAAAACAAAGAUUCAUGGAUGUGGUUUUUGGAACUUUUGAUUGAUGAUCUUGGUGGUGGAGAAGUGUGUUCUUCAAUUACUUUUGUCUCCGACCAACAAAAGGGUCUACUACCAGCCAUACAACAGUUACUCCCAGGUGUUGACCAGAGAUUUUGUGUCAGACACUUAUAUUCAAACUUUAGGAAAAAGUUUCCUGGUAAAAAUCUGAAACAGCUGAUGUGGAGGGCAGCUACUGCCACUCAUCCACAAAACUGGGAAAGGGAGAUGAGAAACAUUAAAGAUAUAAAUGAAGACGCAUUCAAGCAUUUGAUUGCCAUCCCUCCAAGAUAUUGGUCAAGGUCCAGAUUCAGUCCAACACCAAAAUGUGACACAUUGGUCAACAAUAUCACUGAGGCUUUCAACAGUGUCUUGGUUCACACCAGGACUAAACCAAUCAUAACAAUGCUGGAAGAAAUUAGGGUAUACAUAAUGCAAAGAUGGGCAAAAAACAGGUCUAAGAUACAAUCAUUUUCAGGACCAAUUUGUCCAAAGAUCCAGGCCAGAUUUACAAAGGAAUCCCAAGCAACUAAGAAUUGGAUACCUAGCUGGUCAGCACACAAACUGUUUGAAGUAAGACACGUCUCCCAAAGUGGAGAAAAAUUUGUUGUAAACAUAGACGAGUUCUCCUGCUCGUGCAGGAGAUGGAGCAUCACAGGAAUUCCAUGUUGUCACUCCCUUGCCGCAAUGAAGUUUCUUAAUAUUGAUGGCCAGCAGUUCAUUCCGGCUUGCUUUCUAAAGUCCACCUAUGAAGAAACCUAUGCAUCAAUCGUAUAUCCCAUCAACGGCAACAACAUGUGGGACCUAACACCAUAUCCGGAUGUCAUGCCUCCUAGGAAAAAGGUUAUGCCUGGAAGACCUAAAAGGAAAAGAAGACUGGAGCAGUGGGAGAUCAGAAAGGAUGAUUCACGAGUGAGCAAGGGUGGUUUGCGGAAGAGAUGCGGGAUAUGUAGGGAGGUUGGGCACAACAGGAGUCGUUGCCCGAAAGCAACCGAAGAACCAAUCAUGCCAUCAUCGCAAUUAUCUGAAGUGUGUAUGAAUGAUGAGGAAGCUGAACUAUAGA